AUGACCAUUAAAUGGCUAGAAGGCGGGCCUCAGAAUGCGAAAUUACAAGCCAACCUCGAUCCAGGCAACGCCUCGAUGGUGAAGGAUCCAGUCACAUCCAGAGAAGUUUGCUACGACACCAUCGGCUGUCGCGGAAAGAGAAAGGCUGUCGAUCGCAAGCCCCAGGCGACGUAUACCUUUAAAGACUGCACAUUUGGCGAAACAAGCAUGUUGCUCGUCGGAAGUGCAGGUCCUACGAGCGAAACCGUGGUCUACCGUGAUUACGGAAGUGGUCGACCAUUUUUGGUCAAUGGUGAUAUGGAUAAAAAUACAUUCUUGAGAGAUUUCUGUGGAAGGAGAGAGUAUGGUUAA